CCCUCCAUGAGCCGCACGAAUCGAACACAAUGGCGACUCUUUGCCGCUGGUCGUUUUUCGGCCUCCUCGCUCUGUUCUUUCCCCUCUUCCUCGGCUCUGCCGUGGCGAGCGAAGCCCCCGGGUGCUUCUUCCCGGCGCUCGACAGACACCUCAUGGGAGUGAGGACCUACCCGCGGCCCCAUGAGAGCAUGUCUGUGCAGGAUCUGCCGGUCGCAUGGGACUGGAGGGACGUAGGAGGGAGGAACUUUGUGAGUCCGACUCGCAACCAGCACAUCCCGCAAUACUGCGGCUCCUGCUGGGCCAUGGGAUCCACCAGCGCCAUGGCCGACCGCAUCAACAUCCGGCGUGGCGGAGCCUGGCCACUGGCCUAUCUCUCCGUGCAGCAUGUGAUCGACUGUGGAGGCGCUGGCUCCUGUGAGGGAGGAGACCACAUGGGAGUGUGGAAAUUCGCUCACACGCACGGCGUGCCAGACGAGACGUGUAACAACUAUCAGGCUAAGGACCAAGACUGCAAUGGGUUCAAUGAAUGUGGCACGUGCACCACAUUUGGGGUUUGUUUCAACAUCAAGAACUUCACCCGGUGGAGAGUGGGCGACUACGGGGCGGUCACGGGGAGAGAGAACAUGCAACGCGAGAUCUACAAGAACGGACCUAUCAGCUGCGGAUUGAUGUCCACCUCGAAGUUCCACAACUACACCGGCGGCCUCUACACGGAGUUCAUCCCUACCCCCUUUGAGAAUCAUAUUGUGUCAGUGGUCGGGUGGGGCGUGGACAAGGAGGAGGGAGGCGUUGAGUACUGGGUCGUCCGCAAUUCUUGGGGAGAGCCCUGGGGAGAGAACGGCUGGGCUCGGAUCGUGACGAGCUCCUACAAGGGCGGAAAAGGGAACGACUACAACCUGGGCAUCGAGCAAGAUUGUGCUUAUGGGGACCCCAUCCUUUCCCCUUAAUGCCCCCUAUCCCCCUCCCCCCUCUAUCCCCAACCACUAACCCUUACGCCAUAUCCCCGUCUCUCCCAAUCACUAACCCUAACAUCUAUACUCUUUAAACCCUAACCAUAACCCUUAAUCUCUAAAAUCUAAACAUAUCCCCUACUCUACCCCUAUCCCUGUCCUCUAACCCCCAACCUCUCUGCCACAUACAAAGCAAUGUCUGUUGAAUUUUCAUGGCUCACGACAUUGUAGCCGGUGGGUGCUUACUUUGGGAACAUCGACUCUUGAUGCUUCACUUUGAAUCGGUGCACGGCUAACAAGUAAUAAUUAUCACAAAUCCAGUGGGUUUUACAUAUCCAUUAUUUUAAUAUCACGUUUGCACCAGUGUUAUGGUUUGUGCUAUCGACGUCGCAUCACGAGAUACAAGGAUCCAUUUGGAAACCCUCGCGGUGAGCAGUGCACCACCCUGUAUGUUAGAGGACAUCCUGCAGAAGUGGAUAUCACAGAGCUACCUCAGAGCUCCUCUUCAAGAAAUAAUCUUGUCCACACACAGAAGGCAGCACUUUCUCAACCACCCCGCCAUAUCAGACUAAUGUUCACGUGACAGUCUUUAAACCAAUGUUUAUUCUCAGAGCCUGAAUGUAGCCAAAUUAAGCGCAAAACCAAAUUUAAUGUGAUCAGGGUGUUUUUAUUAAUGUAUUGGCAAUCGGACUGAGACCAUCAACUCACUGCACUUUAGAGUCCGAGUCUUCGUGCCUCUGUGUGAGCCACUGCUAACUGGGCUGAGACCAUUGGAUUGGAACCAAGGACCAGCAAAGAUAUCACACCCGCCACUGAUGUUGAUUGUGGGCACGAUUAAAACUCAGGCAGGUUCAUAGCACAGUGUGCUAACCACUGAACCUUUUUUUCCUCCCGCCCCCCCCAUCAUCACGUGUCUGUGUCAAAUGUGUAAGGUUAAUGGUGGGAAGGUGCAUGCCGAAGAGUGCUUGCGCUGCUUGACAGAAGGGCUUUCACUAGAGGGAGCUCAAGAGCCCCAAUAGAGGGUAUUUGGCCUACUCUUCCACUCUGGCCUUGACGUGUCAAAUGUGUGCUCAUUUUAAUGCGUGGCAUUGGGUUAUGCGUUUGAAUCUGUUGCGUUCUUUUUACAUUUUCUGUCUUGUUGAACGCGAAUGGAGAUUCUACAUAUUUUCAAAUGAUUUUGUAAUACCAAUUGCAGCGCUUGGGUUUUUGACGGUAAUUGUGAUUGGUUUUUAAUUCUGAAUAAACUCCGAGGCGUGACCUGCAG